UGGACAUGUACAAUAGAGGGCUCCACCUCUGAUGCCAGGUCAUGUGUGGCAGUGGAGGGGCAGCUCCCUCCAGCCCUCGUACAUGUGAAGAAGUUUUGUGUGGCAGGAAGCAGGCUUGUGAGGGAGAAGUGCUGGUACAGGCGGCAGGGCAGGAUAUACAGCAGGGAGGACAUGCGCCCUUUGCCUGCACACUCCAGAAGGCAGGAAACCUACAGGAAAGAGCUCGGUGCUGCCGCUGCCUGCCUCGUCCGCACUGUACAGACAGAGCCCAGACACAGCGCUCGGGAGCGGGAGGGAAGAUGGCGACGCUGGGAAGCGAAUCUCAGCCGUUCUCUAACCUCCCAGUCAGCGCCCUGCUCCAGUCCCAGUACCAGCAGCAGCACCACAGCGCUGUCACUGGAGUCACCAACUUCAGCCUGAACCUGCCUGUGAACCGGGGGCUGGAGAGAGCCCUGGAGGAGGCGGCAAACUCCGGCAUCCUCAACCUCAGUGCCAGGAAGCUGAAGGAAUUCCCCAGGACUUCGGGGAACCAUGAUCUGUCCGACACGGUGCAGGCAGAUUUUUCCAAGAACAGACUGACAGAAGUCCCCGUAGAAGUUUGUCAUUUUGUGUCCCUUGAAGCACUCAACUUACACCAAAACUGUAUCAAAGUUAUUCCUGACUCAUUAGCAAAUUUGCAAAUGCUGACUUAUUUAAAUAUAAGCCGAAAUCAACUCUCCUCAUUGCCAGCCUGCAUAUGUGGUCUUCCCCUAAAAGUCUUAAUUGCAAGUAAUAAUAAGCUUGGAUUUCUGCCAGAGGAAAUAGGUCAACUACAGCAGUUAAUGGAGCUGGACAUCAGCUGCAAUGAAAUAACAUCUUUGCCACAUCAGAUAGGUCUUCUAAAGUCUUUGCGUGAACUGAAUGUAAGAAGAAACUAUCUGAAAGUUCUACCUCAGGAAAUAGUAGACCUUCCCUUGGUAAAAUUAGAUUUUUCCUGCAAUAAAAUCCUGAUACUACCACUUUGUUUUAGAAAAAUGGUGCAAUUACAAGUAUUAGUACUUGAGAAUAACCCUCUACAGUCUCCUCCUGCACAGAUUUGUAUUAAAGGCAAAAUACAUAUAUUUAAAUAUUUAAGUAUACAAGCUUGUCAGAUGGAAAAGACGGGAGAUGCGUUUUAUCUUCAUGCCAUAGAGAGGCCUAUUCUGCAGCAACACGUUGAGGAAAGUAUUGAAGACAUUUUCCCAUUGAAGAAGGACUCUGAUUCUGGUGUUGGCAGUGACAGUGGGGAAAAACGUUUAUCAACCAUAGAGCCUUGCGACGAAGACUCUGCCAGUCCGAGCGUACCAAUGUCUGAUAUUUUGGAAGAAGAAAAUUUUGCCAAAGAAGAUUUAGAUCAGCAGUUCAAUAAUUCAAUAAAAGAAAAUCAUCAGAAUUAUGUCUUGAGUGCUCCUGUCGAGUCAGAACAAUCGAUAUGCCAGUAUAAAAAUGAUGCAGAUGCCAACCUCACUGAAUUUAGGAGCUACAACCAGGCUAAAUCUGCAGAUUUUGAUGAACCUUUGCAAAUACAGGAGGAUACAACAUGGUCUAUACACCAUAACAAUACAAGUUCAGAAAGUAAAGAAAUCAACUCAGGAAUGAUAGACCAAUUAAGAGAAGCAGUCGAUAUGUUACAAGACCCUACAAGACUAAGAAUGGAAAUUGAAGAUAAUGCAGAACUGUACAGUUUACAGACUACCCCAUCUGAUGUGAAUAAGUCUACAGUAAAUGGACAAGUAGAAUUACAGAUGUCUUCAAUAGCGCAGAAUGACGACGCAUGUUAUGAUUCCCAGGAAGAGGCAGAAGAUGGCACCCCCACCAUGUCUCCAGUACACAACACUACAACCUUUGGUUUAAAACCUCGAUCUGUUUUUGUUAGACCACAGAGGAACCUGGAAGCAAUAGAUCCCCAGUUUACAAUGCGAAGAAAAAUGGAGCAGAUGAGAGAGGAAAAGGAACUCAUAGACUGCCUUCGGGAGAAUAUUGAAGUAAGAUUAAAGGUCUGCCUCCCUGAAGACCUAGGAUCUGCUUUGAUGGAUGGAGUUGUCCUCUGCCAUUUAGCGAAUCAAAUACGCCCUCGUUCAGUAGGGAGUAUCCAUGUGCCCUCUCCAGCUGUACCAAAGCUUAGCAUGGCCAAAUGCAGAAGAAAUGUUGAAAACUUUCUAGACGCAUGUAGAAAAAUGGGAGUACCAGAGGAGAAACUUUGUUUACCACAUCACAUCCUAGAAGAAAAGGGCCUGGUGAAAGUGAGCAUCACCGUUCAAGCACUGGUAGAUGUAACGACCGCCAAGCAAGCCUUAUUUCUUUGAAACUACUGCAUCUUGUUUCAUCUGAUCACGUUUUCUCAAGGCUCCCUAAAGAGAUCAAUGGCAAAAGAUAACUGCGGCCUCAGACUCUCCUCUAAGGAGAUGCAGCAGCCUAACACAUUCCACAAAGAGGGAGCAAGAAGCGAAUUUUGCACAGAAAGGUUAAAAGUCUACAUAUACUGUAUAUAUUCAGCCCCUACUUACCACAUACCGGUCACUGCCUACCCUUUUAUCACAGUAAAUGACUGUACACGGUGAUGAAACAGAAUAGCCAACUCCAUUCCAUGUACUGAUUACGUACAGAGUUUCUGCCGGUCCCCUCACUUAAGGUCACAAUGCACUGUAUUUAUUUCUAUAGCACUAGUUAUUAUUAUUUGCAACCUCAAACACUAAUUGCUGCUUUAAUUCUGAACAUAUUUGAAAUGACAAGUGUCAUUUGAUCUACAUUUGGUUACAACGUCCUAUAGUUCACUGGAUUGUUAUAAUGUAAGAGCUGAAAGGACUCUUCUAAAUGACUUACAUCCUCUUGGGUACAUUGUACAUGGGGUCCCAGACUGAAACACAUCACCAUAGAAGCUCCUAACAUUAUAAGGCUACUUUCACGUCUGCGUUGGACUGUCCGGCUUUGAGAUCCAGCAUAGGGUCUCAAAACCACAGCACAACGCUUCAGUUUCGUCCCCAUUCAUUGUCAACGAGGACAAAACUGAACAAACCGGAACAGAGUGCACCAGAAUGUAUUCCAUUCCAGUUUGGUGCGUUCCCAUGCCGCAAGCAGCGUCUUUUUGUGCAGCAUGGUAAACUGAACAAGCCGGAUCUGGCACCAAAACCCCUGUAAGUCAAUGGUGCUGGAUCCAGCGGCCAUAGACUUGGGCUACUUUCACACUUGUGUUGUUGUUUUCCGGUAUUGAGAUCCGGCAGAGGAUCUGAAUACCGGGGAAAAAAAAAUCCAUUUAGUUCAUUCUGAACGGAAAGAGAUCUGUUCAGGGUGCAUCAGGAUAUCUACGUUUUGUGACCGGACCUAAAACCUCUACAAGCUGCGGUUUUGUGUCCAGUCAUAUAAACGGAUCCGGCGCUGAAAACAAUGUAAGUCAAUGGUGAAAGAUUUGUUUUUUAGGAGCUUAAAAAAAAACGGAUCUGUGGCCCUUUGAUUUUCAAUGUACUUAGUGACGAAAGAGUUUUUUUCCAUUUUGAUUUCAAACAACCACAUCCUAAUGGAACGGAUGCUUCCCGAUGUGUAAAAUCAAAACGGAUCCGUUGAAUUCCAGUAUUGAGAUCCUCUGCCAGAUCUCAAUACCGGAAUUAACAACGCAAGUGUGAAAGUAGCCUUACAAUGGUUUUAGUCUGGUUUCUUCAUUUUCAACAUAAUACAACCGGAUCCGUUCUGAAUGGAUGCAGCCUGUUGUAUUAUAAGAACGGAAGCUUUUAGCUGUGGUUUCAAGAUCCCAUGCCGAAUCACAAAACCGGAGAUCAAAAAUACAGAUGUGAGAGUAGCCUGAGCAGGUUAUUGUAAAAUAUAUUUUAAUACGUCUUGCUUUAAACAUUAAAGUGUACUUCACUUGCCAGUGGAAGCUCAGCGACUCAAGUAAUAAGCUCCAUGGUUAGAAACAUCAGAUUAGUCUAAAAGUCUAUACCAGCCUCCAGUGUAUGUGAUAGGUGGACUUGACGUGACCUCUGGGAGCUACAGGUGCUUCAUUUCUACUUUUCCUGCAUAGCUAUGUACAUAACAAAUGGCCUAUAACUAAUUGCAGGCAGUGUUACAGUAGUAUUGCCCCAGGCAGGACAUUUAUUGUGAUCCGGUGCAAACACACUGUUAGGCCACCUCCACAGGGGUGCCGAUUUCUCUACAUUUACGAACCAAAAUCCAUUUUGGAGCAGAUUUUCCCCAUUCUCACCCUUUGCAUUGCAGAGGGUGAAAUCCACAGUAAAAAUGUGCAGUACAAAUCCGCAGAAACAAUUGACAUGCUGCGGAUUUCAAAAUCUCUACCACAGGUCAAUUUCCACACUGAAAAAGUGUAGAUGAGAUUUGUCAAAUGACUUUCCUGGUACUUUAUUACAUUCAAAAAUCUGUGCGGAAAAACCACAAGUAAUCAACAAAAUGGGUGGUUAGGCCGAAAAAAGAAAACCCAGCCCACCCUGUUAUCCUGCAAGUUGUACAGGUAGUCUUAACGUUAACACUAAGGAUGAGCGAUUCGCAUAAAACUUUCUUGUAAUACUGUACGGAGCAGGAUCUACAUACAGUAUUAGAAUGUAACCCGAGUUCGGUAUCAAGUUUUUCUACAUUAAUAACUAAUUUCCGAAGUUAUUACCCGAAGUCUCGCGAGACUUCGCAAAGUUAUAACUUCGGCUCAUCGGAGCCAAUAUAUUCUAAUACUUUACGGAGCUCCCGCUCCGUAAAGUAUUACAACGGUUGUCCUGUAGCCCAUCCCAGACUUGUGCAGUCUACAGUUUUGUGCCUGGUGUCCUUAGACAGUUCUUUGGUCUUGGUCAUGGUGGAGAGGUUGGAGUUGAUUGAUUGAGUGUGCGGACAGGUGACUUUUAUACAGGUAAUGAGUUCAAACAGGUGCAAAUAAUACAGGUAAUGAGUGCAGAGUAGGAGGGCUCCUUAAAGAAAAACUAACAGGUCUGUGAGAGCCAGAAUUCUUGCUGGUUGGUAGGUGGUCAAAUACUUACAG